UAUGUCCUGUUUGGAUCCACCCAAAAAGAUCAAAAACCGAAACGUAUCGACAUUUGUGCCAAUUGCCAGCCCAAAAUUUGAAGUCUGAAAGUAGUAGUUUCUGUUUAGUUUGUUGAAGUGAAAAGCCAUGGCAUCUUUGGCAACCCUUGCUGCAGUGCAGCCAACUACCAACAUCAAGGGCCUAGCUGGAAGUUCAAUCACUGGAACUAAGCUUCAUCUCAAAUCAUCUCGUCUCAAUUUUAACCGCACUAAAUUCAGGGCUUGUUCUGUAGUUGCCAAAUAUGGUGACAAGAGUGUAUACUUUGAUUUGGAGGAUUUGGGCAACACAACUGGCCAGUGGGACUUGUAUGGAUCAGAUGCACCUUCACCAUACAACUCUCUUCAGAGCAAGUUUUUUGAGACAUUUGCUGCUCCAUUCACCAAGAGAGGUCUGUUGCUCAAAUUCUUGAUAUUGGGAGGUGGCUCUACCCUCGCCUACUUCAGUUCCACAGCAUCAGGGGAUAUCCUACCAAUCAAGAAAGGUCCACAACUUCCACCUAAGCUCGGGCCACGUGGCAAGAUCUAAUUGCUUUUCGACUCAAUUCUCAACUUUCAAUUUGUAAUUGAUGUAUGUGCCCCCAGUUUGUGUAAGUAUAAUUGAAGACUUCCCAUUACUACAAUUUUAUAUCUUAUGGUGAAUUUGUAGCAUUUGCUUUCUUACUUGGUUGAUGCCUUCUGAUAGUCUACACUCUACUCAGAUAAUUGAGAUAACUAUUAGUAUUUGUUUA